GUCGGAGAGGUUAGGUUCAGACAGAGCGUUAGAAAGGACAAAAAUGGCGAUUUCAACCUUCAAGAUCUCUAUGGAGAAGAAGAAGAUGAAUCAAAAUAUCUCCAUUUUCCACCAAAUAAAUAUCUUUGCCCCCAUUUCUCUUUCUCCAUCUCUCCAAUGGCGCUUUCAGCAAUCUCCCCGCUUCCUUUGGCUGUCUCCUUUGGCUUCCACCGCCCUCAACGUCCACCCACGCCUGCUCCUCGCUUUUCCUAUUCUUUUGCUUCUUUGAGCUCCUCUUCUUCCGGAUCCCAAUCUGCCAAACCUUCUUCGCCCACCGAUAACUCCAAUGGAACUUCAUCUCCCUUCGUUGAACCCUCCAGAGCCGCGGAUUCGAAUUUCAGCUACGCGUUUGCUAACCCUAGCGCUGGCGGUGCUGCUCUUCACCCGAUUCUAGGGUUUAUGCAAUCCACUGAGUCCUCAAUUGAGAGGGUUAUUUUUGACUUCCGUUUCUUGGCGCUGCUUGCUGUUGGGGGUUCACUGGCGGGUUCAUUCUUGUGCUUUCUCAAUGGUUGCGUUUAUAUUUGUGAUGCAUAUAAAGUUUACUGGUCAAGCUGUGUCAAAGGGAUUCACACCGGACAAAUGGUUCUGCGACUUGUUGAAGCUAUUGAUGUAUAUCUUGCUGGAACCGUCAUGUUAAUCUUUGGGAUGGGACUAUAUGGAUUGUUUAUCAGUAAUGUGUCUCCUGAUGAACUUCCUCCUGUUGAUCGUGCCCUGAAAGGAUCCUCACUGUUUGGAAUGUUUGCCUUGAAGGAGAGGCCAAAAUGGAUGAAAAUUAGCUCUCUUGAUGAGCUGAAAACAAAGGUCGGACAUGUUAUCGUCAUGAUUCUCUUAGUGAAAAUGUUCGAGAGAAGCAAGAUGGUGACGAUAGCAACCGGUCUCGAUCUACUGAGUUAUUCGGUCUGCAUCUUCCUGUCAUCUGCUUCUUUAUACAUCCUCCAUAACCUACACAGGCCAGAACAGGAACACAAAGUAGUAUAAUACCAAGGAAGAACGUAGGAUGGCCUUCUGAAACUGUAUAAAUGCGAUGGAGCUUUACAAUUUACCAAAUGAAGCCUAUAUUUGUUUGGUUUAUGAUGUUCUUGUUACCUGUUAUGUCUGUGAAAGAGCUGAAUGCAUUGUUUCCUCUCCUAAAUCUUGCAGUUUCCUCGAGGGAUAAUUGCAAAAAUGUAUAUCAUUUAAUCUCCACUUCCAUUCAUGACUUUGUUUCCUCCUUUC